AGUGUAGUCGCAACAAAAUUUAUAUAAAAAAAAACUAAAGAAUCAAAAGAAAACAAUUUUCAUUUAACUCUGUAAAAAUGCAUUACAAAUUUUUUACAUACUUUUUAAUAAUGUGCAUCAUGUUCAUUAUGGAAUUUGACCAAUCAAAUGGACAACCAAGGCGAGUUUGUAGUUUGGGAUUUGCAUAUGGGACAUGUAAUGGACGUAUUUGGAAAUUAGGUUAUAACAGUGGAAGAGGUGCCUGUGAAUUUUUUAUUUAUAGUGGAUGUGGUGGUAAUGAAAAUAAUUUUAACACAAAGGUUGCGUGCGAAAAUUAUUGUCGAGGCGUUUAAUAAUUCUUUAUAAAUAAAAUCAAAAAAUUUCCUU